GAUCGGUUCCAAGCGAGGAUGUGGUAGGGUUCUUCGACCAAUGCGCUUCUCCAUAGAUCAGAGAAACUUCGUCUUUUCCUCAACUAGUCCAGGUUGAAUGUUCUGUUAUUUUGUUGAUGUCUUUGUGAGUGAUAUCUAGAUAUUGAUAACUAUUUCAUAUAUAAUUUUAAAAGAUUGCAUAUCCUUUUUCUUAAGAUUUUCAUUCUGUUUAUUUAGAUUUGUGAAUUGGCGUAAAUUGAUAUCUUUUUUUCCCAUUAACCGUAAGCACUAACCUAACAAAAUAUGUUAAUCUAACAUAAUAAAACAGGGGAUCGAAGAGGUGUUAAUGACCACCAUGGUUAGAUGAUGCUGAGUGGAAGAGGCUAGUUCUUCUCAGUGGAUGUGAAGGGUAUCUUGAAUUUAAUCCCUAGCCUCUAGUAGAGUUCAUAACGUUCCACUGAAUGUUCUCUCUUGAACAAUAUGAUGAUUUUUGUUGCUUCAUGAGUGGUCAGGAUUGACCUCCUCUUUGGAGGAGGUCUGUGAGAUGGUCGGUUAAUUGAAAUAGUGGGAUCAUCCUCUUCAGGCAAAAACGCAAGUAAGAAUGUUAGUGGUUUUACCCCCACCUAAAAUUUCUAGCAUUCAGAAUCAAUCUGUAGGAAAUUCUCCCUUGUAUGAUCUACCUAUUACAGGUGAGUAUUCUACUAAUGGGGUCUCCAGUGUUCACUUUCUUGUUAAACUAUUGGAAUCUUCAAUGCAGUCAUAAGCUUUUUGUCAUUUGAUUCACCAAUCAUGCUAUCCAGAUUUGUUUUCACUCUGCAUUGGGUGUUGCAGACAUGCAUUUGGGUGUUAUUUUGAUCUUGGAUACUCCACAACUCUUUUUCCCUAAACUGUCACGGAUAUGGGUAAUCUAAAGUAUGAGGUAUGACACUUUGGUUGGAGAGAUCAAAUCCUAUACCUUCUUGUUUCUGCUUUAGAUUUGAUCUGUAUUCUUUAUAUGAACAUUGAUUAUCUAUAGCAGUCAUUCAAGUAUGAAUUAUGUAAAUGAUAAUCUGGGACAUACUUGUAUUGUGCAAAUUUGAAAUUUCAUAUCUUUUCAUGGUUGAUAUUGAUUGCUAUUUUCCCAUUGUAGGCUGAAGAAAGUAGGCUUAAGAAGACUAUGAGCUACGUACUAUGCCAGUAAUUAUUUGACAUCUUUGAGUUGUUGGUUGUUCUGUGUCAAGCUGAAUGCAUACUGAAACAUCAAGUUCUUUUACUGCACAAUAAUUACAAAUGGAGUUUGGUAGCUGGUCUUCAAAUGCAUUGAACAUUUUUAACAAUGGUUCAUCUAGAAAGUGGUGGCAGCAGGAGACACUUUCUAAUCUUUGAUUCAUUAUCAUCACUAAUAAAACUUGUCCUUGAAGACAAAAUUCACACGGUAUACACCUACUACCAUGGUGACAUUGCUUCCCAACUGAAUCAGAUCUAUUUUCAUGGAGCUGAUUGGUAUCGCCGUAUGGAAUUUCUCAUAUGCAUUUAAUGUCAACAUAUGAUGGUCUUAACUAAAAACUUAUGUGCUGCAUCAACUGCAAUCUAGUUAGUGUAGAUGGUAUUGUCAUCUAAUUGGGAGGCAACCUUAAUUUGUGUUUUCUCACAUGCCUUCUGAUUAAUUUGGCAUAAGUUCUAUUCUUAUGAAACUAGUUAUUAAUCUGUGCUCAAGUACCUUUAUAUGAUAUCAUAUGUAGUGGUCAAGUCUACUGUUCUAGAAUGUUAGAUCUAAGAUGCUAUUCUUGCAAAUCCCGAAGGUUAUCAGUGCAAGAGAAAAGUAUAAAAUCAUGUCAUUGGUGUGUGCUGGUUCAUAUCAAUUCCUCUCAGUUUGGUGGAAAGUGGAAAAAUAAGUCGAUACCUAAGUUGGCCUAAAUUUUGCACAUGGAUCACAUCCUGAUUCUUCAUCUAACAAUAUGUGUCAGCUGAUAUAGGACUCAGAAGAAAACCAACGUUUCUUUCUGUGGCGGAUAACCCCAAUAGGAAUAUUUGUUUAGGUCAAAUAGUUAUAAAUUUGUAUGCAUGUAAAUAAUUCAUUUUUCUGAACUAAUUACAUAAGUCAUAUUGCUGUGAGUUCUUCAAGCUUAUUAGAUUAAAACGCAGGAUGGUUGUUGAUGAUUUCAACUGCAAUUCGUUCAAAGAAAAUAGCCAAUGAACACAAUCUAUCAGUUCUUUAAGUAAAUACAAUAAUGUCAGAUGUUGCAUAUUGCUUAGCUAUAUAACUUUUUUCUCGACUUUUCUAUAGUGAGAUGCAUGCUAAGCCGAUUGCGGUAUAGGUAGUGAUUUCAUUUCACCAGUUGACACCUUUAUUUAUGAUUUUAAGGAAGAUUGCUGAAUUUUUAACUGUGAACUGUCUAUGAUGAUUUUCCAUUCUUGAGCAUGACAAAGUUAAUUUCGGCUGAAGCAAAAUAAGUCAGCCAAGGGAAGCUGCUUCAAAUGAUUUCUGGUGACUAAACUGAACACAUUAAGAAGGAAUUUGGUUUUCUCCCUUUAGCUACUGAAAGUAGCCCCCUGAUUGACAUAGGAAAAAAAAUGUUAUUAUUUACUGUUAGAAUGUAAACGUCUCUUGCAGUUUGUACCUUUGGGACAGCCGUGCACUAGCAAGAAUGAUCACAACUAUUUGCUAAUUGACGUCAAUCAUAUGAUCCAGGGGAAGGAAGUCUGAAGCCAGCUAUGGGUAAGAAUUGGAAGAGUAUUUCACGUGUGACUCUUGCUUUCUCCUGAUUAUGGGAGAGCCAUUUUAAUGUUUCUACACUAAAUCACACCAUCAUAGUAAAUAUCUCUUUUCUAUUUGCCUUUCAGUAAUGACACCUGAAACAUGUCUCUCUGCACACUAUUUUCUCCAUAUUUGAUGGUUCACAAAAUUCUUUCAUAAUGGACUAUAGAGGCAUAUCAGCAGACAUAUUUUCUUGAUUAUUCUACUACUACUGUCAAAAUACUAUGAUAAUUUUAUUGUGAUUAUGUUGCAUUUCCUUGUAGAACAUAAGAAAAAUAUUCAUUUUGGUGACCUACACAUGACCAUUUUAAAUUUACUCUCUGUUGUGAAACUACUUAGUUACUUGAUCGAGUCAUUUAUACUUUGUAAUUUUGAUUAAAGCACUAGAGUUACAGGCGCCUAUCUUUUGUCUAUUGACUUGAUUUCAGCUAGUAUUGAACAUAAAUCAGGCAGAUGUAAAAAUUCAUGUAUUCGCUACUUCUAUAAGCAUUCUGCUUUAGAUGUAUCCAAUCCCUAAAUCGUAUGAAUUCCAUUCCACCAUUCUUAUUCAAUUUACAGGUUAGUUAGCUUCAGUGUUCCUCACUCUGAUACAUUAGGAGAACUAAUGAAGCCUGAUGGGUAGGUCUUACAGAAUAUCUGAUCUUUGUUCCACCACUGAUUAUAUCAAUGAUGGACAUGGGAGCAGCAAUAUUUGCUACUCCACAUAUCAUCUCUCUCCGUGCACCUGAUAUUUUUCUUUCAGCUGUUGGAUUAAUCAUUAGUCUAAUGGUACGCAAGCCCAUACGUAAUCGAACCAUAAAAAUUGGCACUUUAGGCUUAUCUAAAAUUCAAGACCUUUGGUAAGUUGUACUUAUCUGUCUUCCUCAAUCUUUUUGAAAUCCAUCUUCCUUGGUAGUACAGCAAAAUUUGUGAUCCACAAUUGAAGGUGGCCAGGAGCAACUUCUUGUUUGAAAUCCAUCUUCCUUGGUAGUACAGCAAAAUUUGUGAUCCACAAUUGAAGGUGGCCAGGAUCAACUUCUUGUUUGAAAUCCAUCUUCCUUGGUAGUACAGCAAAAUUUGUGAUCCACAAUUGAAGGUGGCCAGGAGCAACUUCUUGUUUGAAAUCCAUCUUCCUUGGUAGUACAGCAAAAUUUGUGAUCCACAAUUGAGGGUGGCCAGGAGCAACUUUGGAUAUGAUGAGAGGACGAGAAGAGAUGAAGAGAAGGGAUUGGAAGCUCAAGCAGGGCUUCUUCCAACUCCAGAAUGAUAAUGGGAAUAUCUCAAUGAAUGGGUAUGAGCUGAUUCCUCUCCUUUCGUUAGCAAGCGCAGUCCUUUUGCUUUUUUUUUUUUUGUCCUUUUGUACAGGUGAAGGGCCCCCCGAAUGAGUAGUCGUUGUGAUGUAGAUGGAAGAAGAUGUCAGUACCGAGAAAAGAUUCGAUUUUUACCUGAAGUCCGGAUAAAGUGGAAUCUUAUGCUAUGUUCUUCCGUAACCCAUAAUUGAACCGAGUCCUGCACGCAUACCACAACAAACAGGUGGAGAGCAAGAGAUCCGUAAGAGUGGCAGAAAUUUUGAAGGAGAAGGAAGAUUUGAAGCCAUGUAAUCGUGUCUGAUGCUCCUUCUCUUCAUCAGGAUGGCUACGAGCUAUUGCAGCAAGUGUGAUACAUUUCAGAGCGUCAGAUGUGUGUGCGUGACAAUUCUACUCAGUGGCCGGUAGGUGCCAUGGGGCCCAUGCCAUGUGGCUGCUCUUGGACCUUGCCCAUUGUCUCAACCUUGGAGCCGAGGGCAUCAACAGCAACCUUACUGCAACGAAACAGGAAGCCACAGUGAUGGGGACGCGGAGAAGAAGACGAGCCUGGCAACGAAUUGGCUCGUCUGACGCGGAUGCAUCGCUUCAUAAGGAACCGCACCUAUAUGCAGCUACGUCACAGAGCGAAUCUAACACAGUUACUCCGUCGCCGCUGUCGAGAAGGCUACGUGGUUCGUGAGAUCUCCCUCAUCUCCUCUCCGCCAAUGGCCUCUCGUCUCCCACGUGAUCCCUGGCCCACGUCCUCGAAUGCCCUCCUGCCCGCACUCUACUUAUCGGCUUCCUCUUAGUUCUUCAUACUAUGCAACGCUGAAGCUUGCAGUGAUCGUGAUAGCAAGUGAGUCAUGGGCGAAUCAUCAUCAGCCUCCUACAUCCGCAUGGUGCAACAUCUGAUCGAGCAAUGCCUCGUCUUCCACAUGAGCAAGGACGAGUGCAUGGAGGCGCUCGCCAAGCACGCCGACAUAAAGCCCGUCAUCACUUCCACCGUCUGGAAGGAGUUAGAGAAGGAGAACAAGGAGUUCUUCGAGGCGUACAUGAAAGAUCAAGCGGAGAAGGCCAUGGAGAUGGAGGCCGCGCAGAGGAUACAGAAGAUGCUCGCCGAGUCGGCCGCCAAAGAUUCGGAAAAGGAAGACUAAGAUCAGAACCCUCCAAUGCCGUCGCCAUCAGUUACCUCCAUGAAUUCUUAGUAUCACGUCUGUCGCGAUCGCGGCAAGAAGAUCGAGUCUAAUGUAUGGGCCGUGGAAUGGUGAGGAAGAAGUCUGUGGUGGUGUGCAUGGAAUCUGGGGUGUCGAGUGGUACGUACAUGUGUAAGCAUGGGGAUGGCUGAUCCCUCUAGAUGUAUAGGAUUCGCUAAACCUAAUUCGUACGCCGGUAAGCCAUCGUCAUCAGACCUGUCACGCUUUUCUGGGGGCAGCUUUCAGAUGAAUAAGACGUCAACGGUGGCUCUUCUCUUCUUUUC